AUGCCUCUGGAACCUUGGCAACGUAUCUCGCAAGAAAUAUUCGAGGCAUGGUUGAAACAGCUAUCGGAGGAAACAGAUUUAAUUGAUUUGCGUUUUGGGUGGAAGCUCGAGUCGAUUCUGGAGAGUGAAACAGGUGUUGAAGCUACAGUGACUGACGUGAACUGCGGCAAGACAGUGAAAUUAACAUCUCGAUAUGCAGUAGGGUGCGAUGGCGCAUCGAGUCGAGUACGACGAAGUUUGGACAUCCCACUUGAUGGUGGCCCGGUACCUGGGUUUGUGUUGCUUGUGCACUUCAAGUCCAAUGAUCUGGCAAGACUCCACAAGCAAGGUCGUUUCUGGCAUCUCUUUAUGACCGGAGAGCAAGUCAUGGGUGGGGCUGAUACAUUCACAACGCAUCUUUUCUUGCCAAUGGACGCGGACGAGACAAAGAUCGGUACCGAAGAGGCAGUUUACCGCGUGCUUGGGGGAAUGUAUCAACCAUACGAAGUGAAAAUUGACCAGGUAUUGGUACGUUCUACCUAUAGACCCAGUGUGGCCGUUGCCCGCAAAUACUCCAGUCCGCAUGGAUGGAUCUAUUUGGCCGGCGAUUCGGCUCACCAGAACAUUCCCACCGGUGGAUACGGCAUGAACAUGGGCCUUGGCGACGCAUACGACAUAGGGUGGAAGUUGGCGGCGGUAAUUCAGGGGUGGGCAGGUAAGGGAAUGCUGCAGUCAUACGAAGAGGAGCGUCGACCGGUCGCUCUUACAAAUGUGGAACGCUCAGGGAUACAUAUGGCUGUCCAUGCUGCCGUCCCGAAGAUUUUGAGCGGGUUUGCCCAUGAGCUCGACGCCAACACGGACAAAGGGCGCCAGCUGAGAAAAGAAAUCCACCAGCAUUACCAGGCCAAUGACGGUGAGAACACCGACCUUGGUAUCGAGAUGGGUUACCGGUAUACCUCUGUUAUUAUCGUUCCGGACACGACGGGGGAGGAACCUAGCUGGACGGCACACGAGUACAAUCCAACUACCUGGCCCGGAAGUCGCCCACCCCAUUUGUUUCUCAAAGAUAACACUGCCAUAUUCGACCUCUUUGGUAAGUAUUUUACGUUGGUUCACUUCAUUGGAGAAAGGGACGAGGCUGGGAAUACCGAAUACUUCGACGAGGCAGCAAAGGUGAUGGGUAUUCCCCUCAAACAUGUCACGUUGAAAAACGAAGACCACGCCCGCGCAUUGUGGGAGCGGAACUUGGUGUUGGUUCGACCCGACGGACAUGUCAGCUGGCGGUCCAAUGCCAUUUCCCAUAGAUCAACAGCUCUACACGUCCUCGAAGUUGCAGUUGGUCAGCACUUUGCCGCAAUCAGGGGAUCUGUUGACGACCAGCUUGUUGCAGUUGGUCCUGGCAGAGAAGUUGCUCAGCAAGCUAACAAGAAUUCGGAACUUCGUUCUAAUUCAAACCCCGCGAAGUUCACAAUUGCCGAAUAUUUUAAAAGCCAAGACAAGGACUAUAAACUGGAUAAGAUGGGCGACUUCCAGAAAUGA